UGUGGCAUACAGCUGAUAACCCGUUGAUGUAUACUUUUAUUGCUCGUGAACCGUGUUCGAACCGAUGCAUAUAUUAAAUUUUGUUGAAUAUUUUAAGACGAAUUUAAUUUAAAAUUCUCGUUAAAACCGAGCUCAAAACAUUCCCGAUUAAGUUUAUACGAGAAACUAAAUGAUUAACUUUGAUAGAGUCAGCCAAUUUGACUUUUACGUGGCUCGUAUAAAUUCCUAAUAAAAGUUAGAAAUCGAAAUAUUUAUAUUUUCCGAUCGAAUUGAAGAUAAUAUAAAACUUUUUCUUCGUUUUAAUAAGUCUUUUCUAAGGGGAUCCAAAAGUAGAAAACAUGCAUAGGAAUUAUUUUAUCGAUUCAAAUAUUUCUUUUGUCAGAAUUAUUGCUAUUUAACCUACUAGACCAUACUUCAAUCACGAAUGAAAACGCUGCCGCAAUGUGGCCUGGAGUAUUGAAGUUAUUGGUGUUACUAACAUUCUUGCUACAUCUAUCAAGAUGUGCGCAGAUGCAGAAAAAGGUGGUGAAUUUCCGGGAAAAGGAGAAGGAAGUGUUAGACGACAUUCUAGGACCAGGACGGUACGACGCGCGUAUCCGGCCCAGUGGAGAAAAUGGAACAGAUGGGCCGGCCAUUGUCCGGGUAAACCUGUUUGUGCGAAGCAUUGCGACAAUUAGUGACAUCAAGAUGGAGUACUCUGUACAGUUAACAUUCCGGGAACAAUGGCUGGAUGAACGAUUAAGAUUUAGUGAUUUUAAAGGUCGUCUAAAAUAUUUGACAUUGACGGAUGCAAGUCGCGUUUGGAUGCCAGAUCUGUUCUUUUCGAACGAGAAAGAAGGACAUUUUCACAACAUUAUUAUGCCGAAUGUGUACAUUCGUAUUUUUCCCAAUGGUUUCGUUCUAUACAGUAUACGAAUAUCCCUAACAUUAUCAUGCCCGAUGAAUUUAAAAUUAUACCCCUUGGAUCGACAAGUUUGCUCGUUGCGUAUGGCAAGUUAUGGUUGGACAACCGAUGAUUUGGUUUUCCUGUGGAAAGAAGGAGAUCCUGUCCAAGUUGUUAAAAACCUACACCUGCCUCGGUUCACGUUGGAGAAAUUUUAUACCGAUUAUUGUAAUAGCAAGACGAAUACUGGAGAAUACAGCUGCCUGAAAGUUGACUUGCUGUUCAAGAGAGAAUUCAGUUACUAUCUUAUUCAAAUCUACAUCCCCUGCUGUAUGCUUGUAAUUGUAUCCUGGGUAUCGUUCUGGCUCGAUCAAAGUGCUGUACCAGCUCGAGUUUCACUUGGUGUUACUACCUUGUUGACGAUGGCUACGCAGACGUCAGGAAUAAAUGCCUCACUGCCACCGGUCUCUUAUACAAAGGCUAUCGAUAUUUGGACAGGCGUAUGCUUGACUUUCGUAUUCGGCGCUCUCCUCGAAUUUGCCCUAGUAAAUUACGCGUCGCGGAGCGAUAUGCACAGCGAUAACAUAGAGAAAAAGUAUCCACCGUCUGAAACCGAACAAUCCACGUCGAUGGAUUUACCCUCUGAUCAAGUCGAACCAGAUAAUUCGUCAAAUUUCGCUAUGACCGGAUAUGAUGGACCACUUCAACAUUCUCUACAGAAACCUCUGGUUCGACAACCGGAGGACACUAUGUCGAUGGAUAGGAUGGAGCACUGCGAAUUACAUAUGCAACCACGAAAAAAAAACUGCUGCAGGUCGUGGCUGUCCAAGUUCCCGACGAGGUCCAAGCGCAUCGACGUCAUCUCACGGAUCUUCUUCCCCAUCGUAUUCGCUUUCUUCAAUCUCGCGUACUGGUCCGCGUACCUGUUUCGGAAGGAAGAGCAAGACGAGUAAAUGUCGACGAGGAAGCGCUCGGAUCAAGGGACGUGGCUCGCGGCCAUUCCCAGUAUACUUACACCACAACUACCACCACCGGUAAACCUUAUCAUCGUUCGCGUUCUCGUCGACUACAUCCAGACCAUCAGCAACCUCGUCAACCGCCCCAUGACUGUCGCCUGCAUCGGCAUUAUCCCCAACGCAGUAACAUCCAGCAACAACAGCCGCAACAACAUCUGCAGCAGCAGCAUCAUCAUCAUCAUCAUCAGCAGCAACAGCAGCAGCCGCCGCCACCACCUCCGGCUCCACCGACACAAUAUCAAACGUUACCCUCGAACCAUAGACACAAACACCAUCCACGUUAUUAUCUUUAUCAACCGCAUCAGCCGAGAUCCGCGUCGUUCUCGUCGUUACACAACGUGGUCGAAGGUAGCAGUAGAUGUUCGUCGUUACCGAGGGGUUCGCGGUAUUCGUUGAAAAGCCCUGCGAGAUCCUCGCCUUCGCCCUCGCCCUCGCCCUCGCCCUCGCCCACACCCUCCCCGUCGCCCACUACGUCUCGCAGAGUGACACCGUCACCGCCCGCGGCGACUGUUCGAACAAUCCCGCCCCAAGAUAUCCGCCGUUUCCAACGACAUCCGCUUCCCCGUACCGAGCGGUGCUGUUGGGGUCUUCUACCGCGACGUUGGUUCACCUGUCGAGCGAAAGGUACUGCAGGGAUUGACUUUGUCUCGCGUAUCGCUUUCCCUCUCAUGUUCAUCCUGUUUAAUCUGGGCUACUGGUCCACCUAUCUGUUCCAAGGUGACGAAGGCGAUUACAUGCAUAAGUAAAUUCGAAUUCUGACAUCUGUUUCACGCCUGUCAUCAACGGAUCGGACGAACGAGAGGAAAAGGUGAAUGUGCGAGCGACGUCAAGACCACGUCGUAUGCCGUGCUUCAAAGUCUGUCUGUAACUGCUGCCUCCAAGAAUCCUGUUCCCUGUAUCGCGACGAAUUUUCCUACGAUAUGCGUCAUCCAAUGUGUCAAUGUUCUUAUCGAGAGCGAGAGGGUGUGAAAGAGCGUGUAACGUUACAUCAGACGUUCUAGUAAUAUCAUCUUCGAUACACUAAAAGACGAUGCAGGGGACAAAGAUUCGCUCGAUGCUCGUUUCGACGAGAAAAGGAUAACCGUAGAGAGAGAGAGCGAAAAUAUCGGGAGGCAGAGCGUAUUCCGACAGAAGACUUUUUAAUAAUCCGUGCCUGAAGUUCGAUGACCAUAUUUUAAAGACCAAGGUAAGCGCAACGAAAUACGCAACGUUUGGUACGGUAGGGAGUAGUCGACGAGAUAUUAUAUUAUAUAUAAAUGAUAAUAUAUACAUAUAUAAUUAUAUAUAUUAUAUGUUAUAUAAUAUGUAAUAUGUAUGUGUAUUAUAUAUGUAUAUAUUACAUAACGAGACGCGAAAACGGGAAACGAACGUGGUGUAAGAAUUAUAAGCUCUUAUGAGACCGUAUACAUAUUAAUUAUACACAUAUAAACACUCCUCUGUAACAUAUUCGGAAGACCGCGUGCCACAGGAUGAUUAAUCAACGUAGUGGGCCCUGUAUAGCCACGGCCUGUUAACGAACUACUUGCGAAUAAAUUUAUAAAUAAUAUAACGUAAUUAUAAUUGACAAGUAAAAAAGAAAAAAAGUCGUUAAAUGCAACAAUGAUUCCUGUGUAUAAAAAGAAAAUCCUCAGUCUAAACGGAAUUAACGAGUCAAUGUUAAGCAUAUUAUUUAAAUAACCCGAUGAUUAACAUUGAUUCGAAUGCGAACCAAAAGAGAAGACAAAGACGUGAAAGAGAAAACGAUUAAAAAGAUAGAAGAAAAAAAAAAGCGAAAAAAAAAGAGUAAAAGAGAAAAGUAACGUUCUCGAGAGGACAAUUAGCUGAUAUUACGAGAAAAAUAUCGCAUUAUCACGAAGGAUUAUACCAUUUAGAUAUUAAUUAUCGAUCGAGGCGGUAGUAUUACACACGGACACGCGACAGACGACUCUCUCUUUCUCUUUCUCUCUCUCUCUCUCUCUCUCUCUCUCCCUUCCUCUCUUCUUCUUCUCUCUCUUUUUCACACGCACACACGCAUACACGUCACGCACACAGACA